GCGACCGGACCGGACAUCGAACCGGUCUUCUUACUGUCAGGCCCGGUCGAACCAAAUAUAAGAACCGGCUAACAGAUACCCUGCACACACUCAACUUCUUCAUCUCCAACUUUUCCUGCUAACAAACUCAGCCAUGGAGCCAGCUGAAUCUCCAUUUAGGAUAAUUUUGGGAUCGUCUUCCAUAGCUCGUCAAAAGAUAUUAGCUGAAAUGGGAUAUGAGUUCAAAAUCAUGUCUGCAGAUAUAGAUGAGAAAGCCAUCCGAACCGAAAAACCAGAAGACUUGGUGAUGGCUCUUGCAAAAGCAAAGGCUGAUGCGAUAGUGUCCAAGCUUCAAACUAGUGAUGAUCAAGAGAAGGAUGCAAAACCAAGUAUCUUAAUAGCAUCUGAUACAGCAAAAGGUAACCCAAAGCUCCAUAUUGGUGAAGACAAAGAUGCCGAGCCAACACUACUAAUUACUUGUGACCAAGUGGUGGUUUAUGAAGGCGCGAUCAGGGAAAAACCCUCCGGUGAAGAAGAAGCACGCCAGUUUAUUAAAAGUUAUUCCGGUAAGCAUGCGGCUACGCUUAGCUCUGUUUUUGUUACAAACCUCAAGACUGGAUUCACAAAAGGGGAUUAUGACAAAGUGGAGAUUCAUUUCCAUGAGAUACCAGACGAUGUUAUUGAUAAACUGCUUGAGGAGGGGCUAGUGCUCAGGGUUGCUGGAGCACUUAUAAUCGAACAUCCCUUAAUCGUUCCAUGCGUCAAAGAUGUGAAAGGAACAACUGAUAGUGUAAUGGGACUUCCUAAAGCUCUCACUGAGAAGUUACUCAAGGAGGCUAUCAAUGCGUGAAGGAUCAUAUUUUUCGACAUCAUUCUAUCCAACAUUUUUCUACAAAUCAUGACGAACAUGCUGCAAAUCAUUUGAUUCUACAUAUGAUGAUGUCUACUUAACGAAUGCCGCUAAAACAUUUGUAUCCAAAUACGGUUGUUCGCUAGACGCAUGUUCACAAAAUUGAAAGAUGGUUGAUGGAAGUGUCGUUUUUGGAUUUUGGAAACUUUUAAUGCGCCUUAACUUGUUCGAGUGAAAUGCAUUCUAUCUAA